AUGGCGAUCGAGUCCACAAUCUAUGGCAGAUUUAUGCAGAAAACUAUAAGUUCAAAUCCCAUGGAGAAAUCCACCUUAAUAUGCUGUGUUCAAAACGCAAGUGAGAAGGAUGAUAAAGGAGGGUUGUGUUUGGAGGAUCGUAUAAACGGACUUCCCGAUGUUAUACUCAUUUCAAUCUUGUCACUAUUGACAAUGAAAGAAGCUGGAAGAAGUAGUCUGCUUUCAAAGAGAUGGAGGUAUAUAUGGACUUACAUUGCUGCUUUGAACUUUGAUGCCUCACAUAUAAUCGAUGCAAUUCUACUGGCUGAUGACCGUGAAAAGGAAGUGGAAGCACAAAGGCCUUUGUAUUUGAGUUGGAUUAAUCAAGUCGUGAAAUCGCACAAAGCUCCAACUAUAGAUGAAUUCAGAGUUCAUUUUGAUUUUGAUGUAACUUGUAGAUUUGAUAUUGACAAUUGGCUUGACUUUUUUCUUGGGUUUACUAACUGCAUCUCCCUGACCAAACUCAUGUUGUCAAACGUGGAUGUAACUGGACAAGUUCUCAAGUACCUCUUAAUCAACUGUCCAUUUUUGGAACAAUUGUUUGUGGAAGAAUUUGAAAGUCUCGUAAAUUUGAAAGUUCCCGAUCUAGCGGUUAAAUUGAAGCUUUUGGAAAUAAAUUUAUGCUUCAAUGUGGAUAGUAUUGAGAUUCAUGCAAUGAAUCUCGUGUUAUUUAAGUACUUCGGAGACUUGAUAAACAUCCCAUUCAAGAAUGAUUAG